AUGUCCUCGGAGGACUCGUACGCUGUACAGAGCGGCCGACAAUCUAGCGACGGUACACCGAGUGAGCAUGCCAAUAGUGACGGAAACAACACAGCCAUGACCAGUAUCAUGGGUGCCGACGAGGAGCAUCAUCACCAUGAUGACUCCGAUAUAGACGAAGAUGUCGACGAGGACGACAUGAUAUCUAUAUAUCCCGCCUCUCAAUAUCCCAGAGUCUCUCCCUCCCACCGUAUCGAGACUCCAUAUUCUCCAGACUCCAAUGCUUUAGACUCAGACAUGGCUGCAUCCACGCGAUCAUUAUGGGCGCAAGACCUCGACUACAGAGAAAUACACGGCCGACGCUAUUGUCGCGAAUACUACAUGCCCAACGACGACAUCGAGCAAUGGAGAAUGGCUAUCCAACACCAAGUAUUUAUGCACGUUCUCGACGGCGAGCUCACUCUCGCCCCUAUUCAAAAUCCUACACAUAUUCUCGAUAUUGGCACAGGCACGGGAGAAUGGGCAAUCAAGAUGGCCGAGCUGCAACCGCAAUGCGAAGUUGUAGGAACCGAUAUUGCUGCGAUAGCCGAAACAAAAAGUGUUCCCAUGAACGUUUUCUUCGAAAUCGAGGACGCCGAAGAUUGGGACCGCCACCCCGACGUGUACGACCUAAUUCACUUCCGGCUUAUGGAGGGCGCAUUCCGGAAUUGGAGCUUCGUUUAUGACAACACCUUCUUAUCCCUCAAGCCUGGCGGUUGGAUCGAGGUCCAAGACUUUGUCAGCGCCGAGGGCUUUAUACAAUUCUUAUCACAGUUCUCAGACAACUCCCCCAUGCACGAAUUAUUGCGGGACCUCGAAAUUGCGUCCGAAAAGUCAGGGCGCCCACGAGGCACAUACCAUCUUGAGCCACGCCUACUUAUGGAGGCGGGCUUUGUUGAUGUACGAGUGACCGAAUACUCAAUUCCCAUCACUGUUGCCGAGGCAUCUGCGGGCAAGAUUUGGCUUAUAUCAUGUCUGGACGGCCUAGAGGCACACUGUUUGCGACUCUUGACCGAAUAUAUGGAUUGGGAUCCCGAAAAAUGCAAACAGGCCUGCGAAGCGGCCGCACGAGACUUGGCAAAUGCAGCCAAGGACCCUGUGAAAUCGAAAGGCCUCCAGAUCAAGAUGCGCAUCAUUAUUGGUAGAAAGCCCGUCGAUGCGCCUCCUACCGAUCUUGCGGAACUCCUAAGGAGAAGUCACUCGCCAGCCACAGAUCUCAACGGCAACAGCUCCGAUCCUACACUCCAUGCGGAUGAGCAGAUGACCGCCGGGACGAACUAA